UCCCUAUCUUACAGAAACAGCCAUGCUGACUCCUACUCGUCAUUUCUUAUAAAACUCUGAAUGGAACUAAUAAUACCAAAGUCUAUUCUAGUGCCAAUUUGAUACCCCUCCUAAAAGAUACUAGAAAAUAGAGGAGUAAUCAAGGGUUAUACUUUGCAAGAGUAAUGGCAAAGAGCAAAGAUGAAAUUACUUCUGGGACAGCUCAAGCAAGACUAUCUGAAGAUGAUGCUCUUAGAAUAUGGUACAAAGCAGGCACUCCUCUUGAAGGAGGAAAAAUUGCUGACUCUCAUCCUGUGGAUCUUUUCUCAAGUGCUCGUAAUAUUGAGAAUCAACACGGCAAGAUUGCUGAUUCUCGACCUAUUGAACUCUCCUCAAGUGCACAAAAAAUUGCAGCAGCAAAACAAAAACAACCCCAACAAGAAGAAAAACCUCAAGAUUCUUCUGAUCUGGAGGGAAAGAAUACUUGUGUUUAUGAUGAUGAGAAUAUGGAUAAAAAUCUGCCUCCAGCAGCUGCAACUCUCAUGUUUGAUAGCAAGAAGGCUGACAAUUGGACAACAAAUCCUCCUUGAGUUAAAAUAGACAUCAUCAUCAGCCUUUAAGUUUUAUUUGUUCUGCACAAGUUUGUGAAGUAUCUUUGGAUCCUUUUGUGCUGUUGAUAAUAGUUAUAAAACAGUUUCAACCUAAAUAAACAAGAUAAUGAUGCUAUUAUCAUGUCUACCUAAUUUUGUAACACAAAUCAAAGUAAAUUCUUUCUAU